GGCUUCCGUUUGAACUCCACCAACACUCCCUACGUAAACGAUGGCAGAGCUCCACAAGCGUCGACCUGAGCUCGGCGACAGAAAGUUGUCACCUGCAGGAGCGUCUCCCACACCCAACCCAGCCACAUCCGGUGACAGCUCCGCGGUGUACGUGAAACUGUUGGCUGCGGCGUUUUACGGAGUCAGUUCAUUCCUCAUCGUUGUCGUCAACAAAAGCGUCCUCAGCAGCUACAGAUUUCCAUCGUCAACAUGUGUAGGAAUCGGCCAGAUGUUGGCUACGAUCGUAGUUCUAAGGACCGGGAAGGCACUGGGUGUCAUCUCGUUUCCAGACGUGGAUCUGAGUAUACCACACAAGAUGUUUCCGCUGCCUCUGCUGUACGUCGGGAAUCAGAUAUCAGGGCUGUUUGGGACGCAGCGACUCAAUUUACCCAUGUUCACAGUGCUGAGGAGGUUCAGUAUUCUGCUCACCAUGGUGUUUGAGGGACUCCUGCUGAAGAAGACUUUCUCUGCGUCGGUUAAGAUCACAGUGUUCACUAUGAUCUUUGGUGCUUUUAUUGCUGCCAGCGAUGAUUUAGCGUUCGACCUUGUAGGGUACGUAUUCAUAAUGCUGAAUAAUGUCCUGACGGCGGCCAGCGGGGCGUAUGUGAAGCAGAAACUUGAGUCCAGGGAGCUGGGCAAAUAUGGGCUCCUCUACUACAAUGCUUUAAUCAUGAUUUUCCCCACUGUGGCGUACGCGUACUAUUCAGGGGACCUGCAAGUGGGGCUGGAGUUUAAUGGAUGGUCUAAUCAGCUGUUUGUCGUGCAGUUUGUUCUCUCCUGUGUCAUGGGCUUCAUCUUAAUGUACUCCAUCAUGCUGAGCACGCAGUACAACUCAGCGCUCACCACCUCCAUCGUUGGCUGUAUCAAGAAUAUCCUGGUGACCUACGUUGGAAUGGUGUUUGGAGGAGACUACAUUUUUACAUGGACUAACUUUAUAGGUCUAAACAUCAGCAUUGCAGGCAGCCUGGUGUACUCCUACAUCACCUUCACACAGGAGCAUACAAAGAAGGCGUAAACCACGGAGACCUGAGCCAACACUGAAGAACGACGUACGUCCACAACACGUCAUGUUGUCUGUGUGAUAUAUGUGGAGACGUCUGUUUUGUUUUUUACUGUGUAUGUUUUUGUAUAAUGUCAGCACAUUUUUACUUAAUUGUGAAAUGCCAUUUUUAUCAAAUUAACUACACCACUUUUAGCAAAUUUUAUAUUUUUAAAUAAGAUCAAGUGCCUUAUUUUUAUAAUUAUAUUUCACUGAUUAAAGACAAAGUCAUGAGCAUUUUUAUAUAUGACAAAUCAAUAAAAUUAAA